ACCAACAUCUGUUGCUUGUUUCCUCAGGUGGAGGCGGACGAGUCGUUGAAGGAGCAAAAAUCAAAAUGGCGAGCCAAGAGGAGUCUGUAAGGGAGUUUGUCGCUGUUACUGAUGUGGACGAGGAGAGAGCCCGAUUCUUCCUGGAGUCCGCCGGCUGGAAUCUGCAGCUUGCACUUGCCAGUUUCUUUGAGGAUGGCGCUGAUGACGACAUAGUGACGCUUCCUCAACCUGAGGGAGGCUCCUCAGUGUCCCGGUCAGCAGGGCCAAGUUCCCAGCCCAGAGUGACCUCCUUCAGAGAUUUGAUGCAUGAGGCAGAGGAAGAGAGUGAUGAGGAGGAAGGCCAAAGGUUUUUUGCGGGAGGAUCAGAGCGCAGCGGGCAGCAGAUCGUUGGACCUCCCAAGAAGAAAAGCUCCAAUGAAGUGGUGGAAGAUCUGUUCAAGGGGGCCAGAGAACAUGGAGCUGUGCCUCUGGACCGGAGUGGGAGAGGGCCAGGAGAGCCCAGCAAAGCCAGGGCCUUUGUUGGUGGAGGAUACAGGCUAGGAGCAGCUCCUGAGGAGGAGUCAGCCUAUGUGGCCGGAGAGAGGCAAGGCUCCAACACCCAGCAGGAUGUACAUGUGGUGCUGAAGCUUUGGAAGACAGGUUUCAGUCUGGAUAACGGUGAACUCAGAAAUUACAACGAUCCUGGAAAUGCCAACUUCCUGGAAGCAAUCCGAAGGGGGGAGAUUCCCCUGGAGUUGAGGCAGCGCUCUCGAGGGGGCCAGGUCAACCUGGACAUGGAGGACCACAGGGAUGAGGAAUUCAGCAAACCCAAGAUGGCCUUCAAGGCCUUUGGAGGUGAAGGACAGAAGUUGGGAAGUGCCACCCCAGAGCUGGUUUCAGCUCCAGCCACCUCCCAGCAGGACCAGGCAGCCAACGAGGCCCAAGCCACUGCCUCUGUGAACCUCGACCCCUCCCAGCCUGUCACUAACAUCCAGAUCCGUCUGGCAGACGGCGGCAGGCUGGUCCAAAAGUUCAACCAUACCCACAGGGUGUCUGACCUGCGGCAAUUCGUGGUCACGGCCCGGCCCAGCAUGGCUGCCAGAGAGUUCGUUCUCAUGACGACCUUCCCCAACAAGGAGCUGUCGGAUGAGAGCCAGACGCUGCAGCAGGCCAACCUCCUCAACGCUGUUAUUGUCCAGCGGCUACAGUGAAGGGCCCUGGUGGUGUGGCUGAGCAACUGCAGCCCUGUGAAACCUGCUGCCCCUUCUGAGGGAAGAGAAACCAUGGACUUGUGUAUGGACUUCUAAUUUCUGAUUUUUGUUUUUCUAAAGUGAAACAUAACAUUCUGCUCCCCCAGACUCCCCCCCCCCCCCCCCCCCCCUCCACUCUCCCCCUCCCUCCUCUGUGCUCUGUGACGGGCAGUAACGUGGAGGGAAAAACAACAGAAUCUUCCAGAAUGGAACAGAGUUCAUUUAAGAGCUGUCGGAAAGCCUGUAGAUGCUGGUGAAUGGUGGUUGUGAUGGGGAUGUGUUUACCUGACAGCACAAGAUGGUUGAACCAGAAAACACAGCAUCAGGCCAGCUUUCUGAAGUUUGGUUGCAGUUUUGCUCACUAAACCUGGCUUUAUUCGCCAUUAACUUGCUCCCCCACUUUUCCUCUUCUAUUAACCUUGAUUCGGCCCUUUAGCCAUGUUUACUGUCAGGUGCUGGGGCCUCACCAGAUCAAUGCAGCGACAGAUUCCUAGUUUGUUUCUGUCUCAACAGCACAAAGCAGAACCACAUAAGGAAUAAUAGUCUUAUUAAGGUAAAAGUUCACGGUGAUACUGUGGUUUUGUACAAGUUUCCAUUUCUCUCCACAUAUUCCAUUUGGAGUGAGAAGUGUAAUGAUAAUAACAAAGCAACCUAUACCAGUAGCCUUAUGCUCCUCUAUUCACCUCCGGAACCACAACAGUCCCUUUGUUCAAAUGAAGAUGGAAUUAUUUUUUUAAACUGCCUUUUUUUCUCUCUCUCUUCUUUUUCCUUUACAGAUUGUAGGAUCGUCCUAGUUAGACUGCAGGAUUUUGAUAUUGUGUAACAUUAAAAGUAGUUACACACGGCUUUAUUACCAAACCAAUGGUUGAACAAAAGAACAUAGAUUGUAAACACUGGUUUGUAGUAGUGAAAGUUGAAUUCCUAUGACACACUGACAUCUUCUAUGCAUCCUGGGGCAACACGGAAAUAUGUUUGGACCUCUGGUAAAAUAAAUCCAUUUUAUGGUUGAUGUAUAAAGAA